AUGGUGGAGACCCUCAGGAACCUGCUGUCUCUGGGUAUGUCUUAUACACAUAAAAGCCAGAAAUUACCGACAAAAGCAAGCAGUGAUAAAGGAGAAGUAUUUCACACAGUGAUGUUGGGAAGACCUGAAAGCCAUGAAAUCACAUAUUUUUUCCUCAGAGAGGUCCAGGAGCAUUUGCAUGAAUUUGAGUGUCAGGGGAGAGAUGAUGAAAGAAAUUACAAAGGAACGUCUAUAACUAUAACCCAGAACAAAAAUCUCACUAAUGAAAGUGAUCGGCACAGUAGAAUUGCAGUGGGAGAUAAGCCUGUUGAAAAUAGGCAUGGAUCAAACUUUCAAGAUGAACUGCAGAUACUUCAACCUGAAGGGAAAACAUUUGAAUGUAUUCAAGCUGUGAGGAGUAGCAACAGUACCACCUCAGAUUUACGACUUCAGAGAACUCCUAGUUUCUGCACCAGCAUUUCUAAUAUGUGUGAGAGUGCUGUUAUGCACCCUUCAGUACUGGCACAAGACCAGGAAGCACAGAGGGGAAAACCGUACAAAUGUACUGAGUGUGCCAUGACCUUUGUUCAGGACUCGGAACUCACUGGACAUCAAAGGAUCCAUAGAGGAGAGAAACCAAAUAAAUGUGAUGUAUGUGGAAAGGCCUUGAGUCAAAAUGCAAGACUUAUAGGUCAUCAGAGAAUUCAUACUGAAGAGAAACCAUAUAAAUAUUAUGAAUAUAGCAAAGCUUUUAGUGCACAUUCAGCCUUUACUGACCAUCAGGCAGUUCAUACAGGAGAGAAACCAUAUAAAUGUGACAUAUGUGGAAAAGCCUUUAGUCAAAACGCAAGAGUUACAGUUCAUAGGAGAAUUCAUACUGGAGAGAAACCGUAUAAAUGUGAUAUAUGUGGCCGGUGCUUUACUCGAAAUGCACACCUUGGGAUUCAUCGAAGAAUUCAUACUGGAGAGAAACCAUAUAAAUGUGAUGAGUGUGGAAAAGCUUUUAGUGCCCAUUCAGACUUAAGUAAACAUCAAUCACUUCAUACAGGAGAGAAACCAUAUAAAUGUAAUUUAUGUGGCAAAGCCUUCAGUCUCAGGUCUUAUUUUACACUCCAUUGGAGAAUUCAUACUGGAGAGAAACCAUAUCAGUGUGAUGUAUGUGGCCAGUGCUUUAGUCGAAAUUCAUACCUUAGGAAUCAUCGGAGAAUUCAUACUGGGGAGAAACCUUACAAAUGUAAUGAGUGUGGCAAAGCCUUCAGUCAGAGUUCAGGCCUUAUAACUCAUCAGAGAAUUCAUACUUUAGAGAAACCGUAUAAAUGUGAUGAGUGUGGCAAAACUUUUAGUGCACAUCCAGACUUGACUAAACAUCAAGCAGUUCACACAGGAGAGAAUCCAUAUAAAUGUAAUUUAUGUGGCAAAGCCUUUAGGUACAGGGCUUCCUUUGCAGUUCAUCACAGAACUCAUACUGGAGAGAAACCAUACAAAUGUGAUGAGUGUGGCAAAGCUUAUAGUGCACGUUCAACCUUUAUUUACCAUCAAGCAAUACAUACAGGAGAGAAACCAUAUAAAUGUAAUUUGUGUGGCACAGCCUUCAGGUACAGGACCGACUUUUCAGUUCAUCAAAUAAUUCAUAAUGGAGAGUAA